AUGACUAAGCCGUCCGAGUCGGACGAGACACCGUCCAAGCGGGACAUCAGGCUCGAUCAGGACACGUCGGCCAAGGCCUCAUCGAGAGAAAAGUCUUCCAAGCCGCGUCACAGGGCGUCAAUCGCCUGUGCUUCAUGCCGGGACCGCCGAAUUCGCUGCGUAGUACCGCCAGGAGAGAAGGAGUGCACCCAGUGUAAACGGUCGGGUGUAGAGUGUGUGAUUAAGAAUGACGAUGAGAGAAGGAGACCCAUCUCGAGAGCAUACAUGUGCUCCCUCACCGAUCGCGUGGCCCUCCUGGAGACUAUGCUGAAGGAGCGCGGCGAGGAGAUACCGCCAGCGAACCAUCCGCCCAAAACGCGCCACAAUGGACCGCGCAAUGAGGAAGACCCCUCUCCAAGCCAGAAGCACACCGAGUCUACCAACAUCCAAAACGACAACUCCAGCCCUGGAAGCCAAGAGAGUCCUCAAGAUGAAUACCCAGAGUUUGAGCAGCAAGACUUUAGUAUGAACAGUCCCUACAUCUCCACCGAUGCAGACAGCGCUGGUUCGCCGUCUAUACUACCUCCGCCCAAGAAGAACGGCAUGGUUAGCCGGCUUCUCUCUACCCGCGGCCAUCUCUCCUUUGACCAGCUCAACGGCCGCCUUCGCUACUUUGGCCCGACAACAAAUUGCCAUGUGCAUUCCGAAUCCCUGAAUCCAUGUAGUAAUACCCAAGAACACAGCGAACAAUCUCGACGUGCCGACAGAAUCAUUCGCUCUCUCUCACUGGAUACCUAUGAUUACCUCAUGGACCUGUUUUGGCAGUACUACAACACCGUCCUCCACGUACUGCAUCAGGAAGCCUUCAACGAGGACCGCGAAAUGGGCCGCACCCAGUUUUAUUCUGGCUUCUUGCACGUUUGCGUGCUCGCCAUGGGAUUCCGCUUUGCGGAUAAAGAAAGAAUGGAUAUCAAGCGCAUUGGUCUGCCGGGCAUGGAAAGCACACUGCAUCGUGAGGCCAAGUAUAUGCUCGACCAUGAGCUUGAGAGACCUGGCGGAAUUCCCAGUGUCAUUGCACUGCUGUUGUUGGGAGACUUGGAAUGUGGUGUUGGCCGUGACAAUGCUGGCUGGAUGUAUAGCGGUAUGGCUGUCAGACUCGCAUUCGACAUUGGUCUACACCUCGACACACGCCUCUCAGGCCUUCCUACACGCGAGAUUGAAAUUCGGCAAAUGACUCUUUGGGCUUGCGUCAUCUACGACAAGUACUGGGCACUUUUCCUCGGCCGUCCCACGUCCAUGAAGUCUUCAGACCUGGAGAUAUACCACCUGACCAAGCAGUUUGAUCGUCUUGGUACCUGUCGUCCCGCUGGCCCUGAGAAGAGCAUGGAAACCAUGAUUUAUGAAGCACUUCUCGAUCUCAUGGAGCUCGCCGGCAAGAUUACGGAAAACAUGGAUCCCCGUCGGUUUCAAGCUAGCACUGCGGACGUGCACAUUGCCGUCGAUCGUAAUCAAUACAUUCAAAUGGCGGCGUUGGAUCGCGAGUUCAGCAGCUGGUAUGCCCGGUUGCCUGAACAGCUGCGCUGGACGCAGAACAAUAUCGCGACAGCGCCUUUUAGUUUCUUCUUGCUGCACCAGCAGUAUCACACCAGCUUGAUUUUGUUGCACCGCCCCUUUGCACUGUAUGACGAUCAAGCAAGCAAUGAUAUUGGACCUGAUGAUCACUUUUCAGCUUUGAGUCGGACAGUGUGCACCAAGCACGCGAUACGAGUGGCAAGGAUUUACUGGCAGCACCGGCAGCGGUUUGACACGAAGCGAAUCUUUGUGACAGGCAUGCAGCACGCCGGUACUGCAGCUACAGCCUUGGUCGCCGCACUGGCAUACAUCAAAGACCCUGUAUCCCGCGCUAACAACAUGCAAUACCUGGAGUGUCUUUCCGCCGCUCUCUCAGACAUGGCAUUCACCUACCAGCCCGCCGAAAGCAUGUCGACGGUCCUCCGUGCGGUAAUGGUUGAACUCCGCGGCGGCCCCGAUCCCUCAUCAUCCACCUCAUUCAACCCCUACAAACUAGAAUCUAGCCUCGUCCCCGCCCGCCGCGGCAGCACCAUCGACAUGGACAGCGACCGAGACAGCAGCAACCAAUGGGCCAAGAAGCGACAGAUGAGCUCCUCCACCACCAGCAACACUCCCAAUGUCCGGCCGCGCCCCCGCAAAACACGCACCAUGAGUUCGGGCACCACACACACCCAAUCCGCCGCCACACUCCCACCAACACCGCUUUCCCAACACAACCUCGCCAUCCAAGCCCCGCCGCCCCCUCGCUUCGAAGACCAAUCUCAAAACGACAGCUUCAUCAUGGUGACCCCUAGAUCAGAACUUGGUACCUGGGUCCCACCACAACCCCAGGAUCUCACUUCUCAACCUCUCUCCACGCCCCCGGCUACCGCAGCAUCCUCGACAUCGUCAUCGCAGCACCCCCGCCACUCAUGGCUUGCUCCCCCGGAAUUUGAUCAGCAGGAUGCAAUAGCUCAGCUCGCGAAUGCGCAUUUCCCGGAGCUCAGCGCGUUUGAUGAUGUCGUUGCUGCGGGGUGGUGCACCACUACCACCGACGGACCCAUGAAUCUCGAUUUCAUGCCCCUCGGCGAUGUAAGUGAUGUGUGGGGCGCGUUGGGAAAAGGGUGGAGUACAGGUAGUGAUUUGGAUGGGUUUCCGCUGCAAAAUUCUUUUUAA